AUGGAGCUAAGCAUUGCGUCCGAAAGCUAUGCAGCACUAAACGCAAAUGGCAUAUUACGAUGUCUCUUCGACACGAAUUACACCGCUUCGUCUCGGAACUCCUCCGUAGCCAUUGCCUUGGCCCAUGACCUAGUGAAAGAGUUCACGGACGCCCUGCUCGCACACAUUGCACAGACAGAGGCCAGAGCCAGACCUGCAGACGCCAACCUGACGGCAGACCUAAAGCUAAACGUGGUAACGCUGCGCCGCAAGAAUCGCCUCUUCAUCUGCUACAUGUUUCUCAAGGGAUGCAAGGAGGAGGUCCGCAACAAGGUAGACCAAUUUGUCGAUCAACCUAUUCAUGUGAUUCACAAGUCUGGG